AUGAUGAUCCUAUGGCUUGUGCUUUCCGGGGCACUUUCGAUCUUGAGCUCUGUCGUAUGCCAAGGAUGUCCGCCAAAACACAACUAUACAUUUUGGGAUCCUGCUCUUCCAAAUCUUCCGAAUUGUUCAAACGGAAACGAAAGUGGAAACGCACUUGAUGCUAAAUUCAAAUUAGAUUUUGUAAACGCGUUAGAUGCUAAAUUUAAUCACAGCUUACCGCGCUGGCCACCCUAUAACUGCGACCUGGAGCUGAAUGCAACAAAUAUAUCGAAUGUCCAAGAGAAAGUAACUGCAAAACAAGGCUUCUGGACCCCUCUGACGGAAGGUAGGAACGCAAGUCUCAUCGCCUCCGAAUUGUCCCAUCCCAAGCGUCCUAUCGAAGAAGCUACAGCAAGGAUGCGAAGCGCACGUGGUGCGUUGCAAUGUGAAAUUUGA